ACGAACGGCGAUUCCACUUCGUUCCGAGGCUGGUGCUCCGUUUUCUCGCGCCUUCCCGCGCUCGCGUGGAACGACGACGGCGAGAUCGCGCUCGCCUCGUACUUUCUUUCUCUCUUUCAGUCCCGCGUCUUCGAAAUCGAAUCCCGGUGUCUCCCGCGCGGCGGACGAGCACGCGAAUAUCAACGGGACUACGAAGGUUUAACUCGCGAAGGUUACCUCGCCACGUGACGACGAAUCGUCGAUUUUCCCGCCGAUUUCGUGCCUCGCGCCGCCGCUGCAAUUUCGAUCGAUUCGCGUCGAUCUACGAACAUAAUCGCAUUCGAGGUCGAACGGAUCGUACUUGCGCGAGCAAUUGGCGUCGCCGGUGCACCUUUUCCAAACGCGUCUCGCUGCCUGCCCACCAGAAUUCCAUUUGCUCCGUCGAAAUCCUCGUAUUCUACUUUAAGACGGUCCCUCUUCUGCCCGUUCUACACCCAGGGACGAUCCCACUUGUGGCUCGUCCGAGCGAGAACGUAAAUGGACAGAGAGCGUCGUGUUGAGGCCGUUUAUGAACUCGGGUGCCAUUUCUACACAAAAAGACAGUCGAAAAUGACAGUGAAUCAUACAAAAACCAUAUUUAGUAAGAUAGUCAUAUUUAAAUGCCCGUGUAAACGUCUCCACACGGACGAGCCGCGAGUAGGAUCGUCCCUGGGUGUAGAACGGGCAGCAGCCAUCUUUUUCAGCGCUCGAUUGAAAAUUUCAAACGCCAAUAUUUGUCCUAUUACACCCCCGAACCGAGUGUUUUAUGUAUGAAAGUGUUCUGCUUAUCCUGGUAUUAUUUUGUGCAGAAAAGCCAACGGAAAGAGAAUUGCGAGCGCAAAAGCUAUACGCUUGACUGUGUCGGUAAGAAAGAUGGCUGAGGGAUCUUCCUGAGGCAAGACUUCAUCGUAAACCUGUGGGCUUUGCUUUCAGCUAGCAUGAUUUGUCGAGACAGACGCAACGGGAUAAUAUGGUGUUGCCCCGACACGCGCGUGACAAUCGCGAUUGGAUGUAGGCUGUAUAUUAUCUGUUAACGAUUUACGAUUUGUUAUCCGGUUGGUAAAAGAUGAUCGUCAAGAACAAGUCCUGCCGAUUGAACACUGCUUAAGUUAAAGUGAGCACAAGUUCCAUCAAAAUGGCAAUUGAAAGUAUUAUCUGCGGUGGAAAUACCCCGAAAGUGAAGAAAAAGAAAGCUAAGACAACUGAACGCAGUUGGAUAGAGGCAACAUUUCAAAAGAGGGAAUGUGCCAAGUUUAUUCCAAGCACUGAGGAUGAACACAGGUUUGUACACGUACAGGGAGAUAAGAGUGCCGAAUAUGAUGUGAUUACUACUUCCAGAUGUUGCUGUGGCAAUUCAUACACCCAUCAUUGUGGAACAGGGGCAGAUGUUCAAAGUUACCAUCUUGGUGAGAGCAGGGAGAAGGAUCGUGAGCAAUGGUCUCCAGGAAAAAAUACUCGUCCCUUUCCCACUGAUGCGUACGGUACCAUAGAAUUUCAAGGUGGCCCGCAUCCUACGAAAGCACAAUACGUAAGAUUGGCUCAUGAUACACGACCAGAACCGAUCGUACAAUUAUUAUGUCGGGAAUGGAAUUUAGGCUUGCCCAAAUUGUUAAUUACAGUCCAUGGUGGUCGAUCAAAUUUCGAGCUGCAACCGAGCUUGAAGAAAGUUUUGCGUAAAGGCUUAUUGAAAGCCGCUAAGACGACAGGAGCGUGGAUAUUUACAGGCGGAACAAACACGGGUGUUACACGACAGGUCGGUGACGCAUUAUUGUUGGAACGCUCUCAACGACAGGGUCGCGUAGUAAGUAUAGGUAUUGCUCCUUGGGGAAUCUUGGACAAAAGUCACGAAUUAGUUGGUCGCGGUGGAGAAGUAUCAUACGAUUGCGUCUCCUCACCAUGGACCAAGUACACAGUAUUAAACAAUCGGCAUGCUUACUUUUUGCUAGUAGACAACGGAACUGGCGGUCGGUAUGGCGCGGAGAUUGUUCUCCGCAGAAGAUUAGAAAAAUACAUCUCCAAUCAAAAAUUGCAGCCAUAUACACACAGCAGCAUACCGGUGGUCGCGUUAGUUAUCGAAGGUGGAACACAUACAAUCCGCGCAGUUUUGGAGUAUGUGACGGAUGAUCCACCUGUGCCCGUUGUAGUUUGUGACGGCUCGGGACGUGCAGCUGAUCUAAUCGCUUUUAUGCACAAAUGGAGAGAUGGGCAGACCGGUGAUGGAGAAGGACCGCUGGAGGGUGUCAAGGAACAAGUUUUGGAAACUAUUAAACGCACCUUUCAAGUCUCUGCUGAACAAGCGAGCCAGCUCUGCUCGGAGCUCUUGCAGUGUACACGAAAAAAACAUUUGAUCACUGUGUUCAGAAUAUCACAAGACAGGCCGCAAGAGCUUGAUCAAACGAUACUGACAGCCCUGUUUAAAUCGAAACAAUUAUCCCCGGCCGAGCAGUUGUCUCUUUCUUUAAUAUGGAACCGCGUGGACAUCGCCCGAAGUGAAAUCUUCGUCUACGGUCAAAAGUGGCCGCCCGGUGCUUUAGAUCAAGCUAUGAUGCAAGCGCUUCAGCAUGACAGGAUAGACUUUGUGAAACUUUUAUUGGAAAAUGGAGUAUCCAUGCGAAAGUUUUUAUCGAUACCUCGUCUUGAGGAACUAUAUAAUACGAAAGAAGGCCCGUCGAAUACACUCGGCUACAUCUUGCGCGACGUACGGCCGAAUAUCCCGCGAGGCUACAUGUAUACGUUGCACGACAUCGGCCUCGUGAUUAACAAGCUGCUGGGCGGUGCGUAUCGCGCGCAAUACACGCGGCGAAGAUUUCGCAUGAUUUAUACGAAGGUGAUGAAGAGAUCCGGCGGUCAUCAGCAGCAUUUGCAUCGGAACAGCUGCGCACCGAACUGCAAUACUCGCUAUUACGCGGGCUCCAGCGCAAAGUCUGACAGCCUGACCAUGAGUCUCCUCGCCGAGACGUUGCCGGCUAAUCGCGAUACUCCUCUCUUCGAUUAUCCCUUCAACGAGCUGCUUAUUUGGGCCGUGUUAACAAAGCGUCAGCAAAUGGCUUUGUUGAUGUGGCAGCACGGAGAGGAAGCGCUGGCCAAGGCUCUUGUCGCGCUGAAACUGUACAAGGCGAUGGCGCACGAGGCGGCCGAGGACGAUUUAGAAACGGAGGUCUAUGACGAAUUGCGCGGUUACGGCAAAGAAUUUGAAAACAUCGCGCUCGAAUUACUGGACUAUUGCUACCGACAAGACGACGAUCAAACGCAGCAGCUAUUAACUUCAGAACUUCAAAAUUGGUCGGGGCAGACAUGCCUGUCACUCGCAGUUACGGCAAAUCAUCGGCCGCUACUCGCGCAUCCUUGUAGCCAAAUCAUCUUGGCUGAUUUAUGGAUGGGUGGUCUUCGCACGCGUAAAAAUACUAAUUUAAAGGUGGUUUUGGGGUUGUUUUGUCCUCUGUACAUAACACGAUUGGAAUUCAAAACCAGAGAAGAAUUACAGCUGAUGCCCCAAACUCAGGAAGAGCAUCUGAUUGCUUUGGAAGAUGAGAAGGAAGAUAGCGAUUCUGAACACAGUGUUCCAGCAGGACCAGAUGUCGAGAAACGUCUGCGCAGGAGCCUGAGCAUACGCAACAAAUCCAGCGACCAACAAGGCGUUAAGGCUUUAAUUAGCAAUGAGCACAGCACAAUAAUCAAGGAGACGAUUGUCCAAGAGAACGGAAAAGUACUUACAGACAUUGAUGAUGGAAUACAUCGCGCUUACGGUCUUCAAUCUGAAUAUUACGAUAAUAAGACAACUAGACCGUUAAGACUGAAGAAGAAGUUAUACGAGUUCUAUACCUCUCCAAUAACAAAAUUUUGGGCAAAUGCUAUAGCCUACAUUAUUUUCCUACUUUUCUUCUCGUACUGCAUUUUGGUGCAUAUGGACGAUCAUCCGUCAGUAGCCGAAAUAUACGCGAUCGCAUACAUCUGUACUCUCGGGUGUGAAAAGGUACGUGAGAUAGCAACAUCGGAACCUGCAACGCUCUCGCAUAAGUUCAGCGUGUGGGCAUGGAACAUGUGGAAUCCCUGCGAUGCCGCUGCUAUUAUAUUUUUCCAAAUUGGACUGGCGUUACGUUUGCGGCAUUCGACUUUAUAUGUAGGUCGCGUCAUAUACUGCGUUGAUUGCAUCUACUGGUACUUACGAAUACUCAACAUUCUUGGGGUCAACAAAUAUUUCGGUCCUCUGGUGACUAUGAUGGGAAAGAUGGUGAAAAAUAUGAUAUACUUUGUGGUGCUUUUACUGGUGGUACUCAUGAGUUUCGGCGUAGCCAGACAAGCUAUAUUGAAUCCCAAUUCUGAACCACAGUGGCGCAUAGUACGAGACAUAUUUAUGGAGCCGUACUUUAUGCUGUACGGAGAGGUAUACGCGGAUAAUAUAGAUCCUGAUUGUGGGGAUGAACCGGGAAUGAGGCCGUGUCUUCCAGGUCGUUGGCUCACACCUGUAGUACAGUCCGUGUAUCUUUUAGUUGCCAAUAUUUUGCUGAUAAAUCUGUUAAUUGCGGUAUUUAACAAUAUUUUCAAUGAGGUAAAUGCUAUAGCUCAUCAAGUCUGGAUGUUUCAACGGUUUACGGUGGUUAUGGAAUAUGAGCAGAAACCAGUGUUACCGCCACCGCUUAUAGCGAUUUGCCACGUAUAUUUACUGCUGAGAUAUUUUCUGAAGCAUAUUACGCAAGGUAAAAGUACCACCGGCGAGACCUACGACAAUGGGCUGAAAUUAUUCCUGGAGGCCGACGACAUGGAACGACUGUACGACUUCGAAGAGGACUGCGUCGAGGGCUAUUUCCGCGAGCAGGAGCUCAAACUGCAAAUGUCCACGGAGGAGCGCGUGAAAAUUACAACAGAUCGGGUAGAGAAUAUGCAUCAGAAGAUCGAGGAUAUCGAUAAGAAAGAAAGCAAUCAAAACGCAUCUCUUCAGUCCGUCGAGUUUCGCAUCCGCAAGUUGGAGGAGUUGAGUCAGCAGACUUUAGCGCAUCUCGGAGUGAUUCAUCGUUUCAUGGCGACGUACAUGCCGAAUGAAGAACUCGCCGGUUUAGACACGUUCGAAAACAUUCGGCAGCGUCGGGUAUCGGAGCGAUCGGAGGCUCUGUCCGAGGCGGAUUCUCACACGCAGCUGCCAAUGAUUGCUCGGCGCAAAAGGCUUCUGCGAUCUCUUACCGAUGCUGCUUUCCUGAACGUUGGCAACCCGAUGGACGACGUUCUCAAGGCGUCCGAUGUUAUGGCUUCCCGUGAAAAUCUCAGUAGACACGAUUCUUCCAUAAGCGUGGACGCUCAGGUCGUCGGUCAGGACGACGUUAAAACAAUUACCAGUUUCGAAACGGAAGGCAGCAAAGACGUCCUCGAGAGCGAGGCGACUGGCAAGAAAGAAAUACCAUCCGAGAAAGGUAUGAGUCAGGAUAUCAGCAGGGAAGUAAGCAGGGAAGUGAGCAGAGAGAUGAGCAGAGAGGUCAGUACUGAGACUACCAGCAGAGAAGUCAGCAGAGAAGUCAGCAGAGAGACCAGCAGAGAGGCUAGCAAAGAGGCCAGCAGCGAGAAUCCGCCGUCAGACAUCAGGCAGGACUCGACGGAGCGUACUACACUCAGGCAAGACUCAGCGGAACGCAGUAUAACAUUCAGGCAAAAUAGCAGAACUCGAUCGGAAUCGGACGAUUUUAUGCUGCUGCCUCCGCCGGGUAUUCAAAGGGCCGUGACCUGGGCGGAGCCUCGCGUGGCCGUGAUCCCGUCGUCCGUCACCUCGGCCGGUAGCGGACAGAGGUCGAUUCUGUUGGCAAUGCGGGCCGAGUACACCAGCAUCACGGACGAGCUCGAGAGUUAUUGCGGCUUGCUGAGCCCGCCGAGGACGCCGCCGAUGUCACCGCAGCCGUCGCGGAUGCGCAACAUAUCGGACAUAUCGAAUCCCGAGAUAGCAUGGCAGAUAGAAAACGAACACCUGCGCGACGCGGAGGAAUGCGAUUAUCAACAGAUGGAGAAUCUGAUUCAGCGACGUUACGGCGGCGACGACGGCAACAACGACGAGAACGGUGGGCCGUCGAACGCGCACGCGGAUGAGGCCGGCGAUGUCGCGUGCUUCUUUAACGUGUCCAACGAGCACCGCCAGCUGCGUCGUGCCUCCGCGAUCGAGGAGGAUCCUCGUGUCCAACGGCCGCCGCCAACGAUCAGCGUCACCCGCGAGAUCGAACAAACGCUCGCGCGACCACCGAUCCGCGACCCGGAGGCGACCGACUCGAACGACAAGAAUCUGACCACCGUACCUACUCCUGCUUCCGAAACUAUGUGUUAAACUGAAACUCAAGAGGGAGAAUAUUGUUCGCAGAGCGCUCGAAAAUUUCUUUGUGAUUCGUCAAGUAAUCUUUUCUUAAGACUCGACCUUUUCUGACAUUGGACUUAAUUGGACUUAAAGCUGUGCUUAAUCUGAAGAGGAAAAUAAGUAGCAUCUGUGUGGUGGCAAUCACAAUUUACAUCAUUUUCAGUUCUUUUUUUGUACCGGUUCAACAAGAUCUCAAUUUCAUCAUCCCAAUGAGUGACCAAGAGUGGUACGCGGGGCCUUAAAUAAGUUGAUAUAGUAAAGGAAUGAGUGUAUACUUGGUUGUUUAAAAAAUACGUGCAGUGGCACUUGACAUCUUAAAUGGUCCACAUCUCUGUAAUCUUAACUCUUUUCCAGAAAUAUAAUUGGACGGAACUUGGCCGCAAUCUUUUGAAUGUUUUUAACGGUUGCAGAGAUUAUAAACUCAUCGGAGGCCCAGUCAACUCUAAUCUAAUAUUGUUUUUCAGUUCUUAUGCUUGUUUCAUUGAAGCAGAUCACGUUGACACGUGAUAAGCAAGUAUGAUAAAGUAGAACAGUGCAAAAGAAAAAUGUUAGGAGGAAGUGGCCGACUCUAGGCUAGAGCAAAAAACAUAGGAUAGAAGAUUCUGGAACAGGGGAAAUUUAUUACAAUAAU